UGUAGACGGCGGCGCCCCUGGCUGUGCGCUCGGCGCGCGCUGCGGGACCCGCCCGGCUCCCGUGCGUGGCUCACGGCUUAAAAAUAGCUGCGGCUCGGCGCGCGGGCUCGGGCGGCUCGGGCGGCUCGGGCGGCUCGGGCGGCGGCGUUGCGGGAGAGCCAUGGCCCUGGGGCGGCCUGCGCCGGCCGGGCUCCGCCGGAACUGAACGCAGCUCCCCGGGGCGCGCAAACAGCAACAGCUACCUGGUGACCCACCCCACCCUCGCCGCCACCACCCAACCAGCAGCUGCCACCUUUAAGAUGUGUCCUGGUAACUGGCUCUGGGCUUCCAUGACUUUUAUGGCCCGCUUCUCCCGGAGUAGCUCCAGGUCUCCCGUUCGUACCCGAGGGAGCCUGGAGGAGAUGCCCGCCGUGCAGCAUCCCUUCCUCAACGUCUUCGAGUUGGAGAGGCUCCUCUACACGGGCAAGACUGCCUGUAACCAUGCUGACGAGGUGUGGCCAGGCCUUUACCUUGGAGACCAGGACAUGGCCAACAACCGCCGUGAGCUCCGUCGCCUGGGUAUCACCCACGUUCUCAACGCCUCCCACAACAGGUGGCGGGGCACGCCCGAGGCCUACGAGGGGCUGGGCAUCCGCUACCUGGGCGUGGAGGCGCACGACUCCCCUGCCUUCGAUAUGAGCAUCCACUUCCAGACAGCCGCCGACUUCAUCCACCGAGCGCUGAGCCAGCCAGGAGGGAAGAUUCUGGUGCACUGCGCCGUGGGUGUGAGCCGCUCGGCCACCCUGGUGCUGGCCUACCUCAUGCUGUACCACCACUUCACCCUGGUGGAGGCCAUCAAGAAGGUGAAGGACCACCGAGGCAUCAUCCCCAACCGCGGCUUCCUGAGGCAGCUCCUGGCCCUGGACCGCAGGCUGCGGCAGGGGCUGGAGGCGUGAGCACGGAGGAGGGGAGGUCAGCCCGGCCGGUGGGGGGAGAGGAAGAGAGAGGAGGCCCAGUGGUUCUUGCCUGGUGGCUGGAGAUCGAAGCCCCCCCCCCCCCCGUCACCGUCGCUCUUUGGGGAGAGGGCUGGGGGACCGUGCAGAGCCCUGAUCAGGACAGGAAGCAGCCGGGUUCUCGCUGGAAGAUGGCCCUGGGGUUGGAGCACGGCUGAAUUCCAGCUAAAAUCCGCCAGGUGGCUUUUAGUCCCUUCCCUUGUGCUUCAUGUUCACACUGUUCCCUUCUUCCACUUAGUAAGACAAAAGGGGGCCCCCUCUGCCCUGUGCCUGGGCAGCGAGGCAGGGAUGGGCGAGCACCUGGGGAGCUGGGGGCGGGGAGGGGGCAGUUGUGUGGAAACCGCAGCUUCACGGCAGAUGGAGACACGAUUUGGGGGGAAAGCCUCAAUGCCAGAGUCUUGUUACCCCGAGUACAGGAAGAAGAGCUGGGGGACGGCCGCCCUGGUACCCAUAGAGCAUCUCUGCGCUUGGGGGCCUGGGAGGUGUUGGAUGGUCACUUGCUCGCUGGGUGCAGGGAUCUGGAGAUCAAAUAAAGAGAGUGGAAAAGAA